AUGGCGGCCGACUCCACCAAGAGCGACCCCGUGCAGAACGAGGUCGAGAACGUUGAACCCAGGCCGCAAACGUCGGAGAAGCCCCGCGUGGAGGACACCAUCGUGGCCGAGGCCCACGAAGGAGAGGAUGCUCACAUUAAGCUGAGCUGGAGGUCGUGGCUCGUGGUUGCUGUUACUUGCUUCGCUGUCGUUUCCCAAGUUUUCGUCGUCGUCGCCGCCGGCCCCCUUCUCAUGCAAGCCGUGCUUUCUCCCCUCUUUGGUCGUCUGUCCGAUGUCCUGGAGCGUAAAUACCUCGCCGGCGUGCCGCCCUUGAUCGCCUUUGUCGGCGCCGUCAUCUCCGCCAAGGCCACCUCCAUGAACAUGCUGGUCGGCGGCGGCUAUCCCCUCGGAGAUUCUGCCCUCAAGUACAGGCCCAUCGCCCAGGGUUUCUGCGGUAUGGCUGGUACCAUUGGUGGACUUAUCGGCUCCCUCGGUGCUGGUGCCGUCACCAACGUCAGCUCGGACGGCUGGAGGGAGUACCCCAAGAUGACGCUCAAGGAGUACAUCUGGACCUGCGACCCCAUCGGCUCCUUCCUCUUCAUCACUGGUUCCACCCUCACCAUCCUCGGCCUCAACUGGUCCAGCGGCGUCUACGGCUGGAGCGACGUGCACGUCAUCGCCCCUUUGACCAUUGGUCUCGUCAUGCUUCUCGGUUUCGGCAUCUACGAGUGGAAGGGUCGCGAUGACGGUCUCGUCGCCCACGUCUUUUUCCAGCACAACGCCAACUUCUUCUAUACCACGUUUGCUUUCGCCAUAGAGGGUUGGAUUUUCUACAGCGCCGUCAACUCGUUCGUGCCCCAGAUCGUCCUCAACCUCGGCUUCGAGCACACCGCCUGGGACAUUUCCGUCCGCCAGCUUUACUUCAAGGAUCUCAAGAACCCUCUGCUCGUCACCUUCAUCAUCUUCUUGGCUGUUACCAUCUUCUACGCCUGCAUCAGGCCCGACAUGGACAAGGCCCAGAUCGCCAUCAACGUCUUCGCCGGUAUCGGUCAAGCCGGUCCCCUCACCCUCCUCCCCGCCGCCAUCCAGUACACCGCGCCCCACGCCUUCCUCUCCACCGCCACCGGUCUCGCCUUCUCCGCCCGUGCCAUUGGCGGCGCCAUGGCUCCGCCCAUCGCCGACCUGCUCACGGCCAUGGCGUCCGGCGUCCGCGAGGGCGUCGAGGGCGCCACCGACAAUGUCUGGGCCGCCGCGGCCAAGGAGAGCGCGAACCAGUACGCUGCCGCGUACCGGUUGGCGUGGGCUAGCAUCAUCCCCUUCGUGGUCAUCGCCAUUGUGUGCAUCUGGUUCAUGCGCGGUGUCGAGGAGCUCAUGACGGACAAGAUCGAGGCGACUGUCGAGCGCGUCGCGGAGAACGAUGAGGAGAAGAGCGGAAAGAAGGGGUUCAACCUUCACCUCUAA